AUGCGCAACCUGCUGACAGUCGUCGCGUCACUCGCGUCAUGGAGAACUUUCGCCCUGCUUUUGGCCCUCCUCAAUAUGAAAAACCUCCCAUUCUUUUGGCAUUUCCGCCUGUUAUACCACUUUGUGGGGAACCUGCGUCUCAAGCCCAAUGCUCCUUUCUUCCCCAAGGGCAAGGCUAUGGUGGAUGCACAGGGCAAGCCCACACAUCCGGUCUUUGUGUCGUGCGGAAUCACCUCGCGGACACCGUUGUUGGAGACCGAUUAUAAUUUGCACAAGUCCAACAGCACAUACUUCACGGACUUGGACGUGUCGCGUACGGCGCUAGUGACUCGUAUUUACAGUCCUGGGGUUGGAAUUGUCAGCAAAGAGCUGGACCAGGAAUUCCUGGAGGCUAGUAAGAAGGAAGGAAAGCGCGCGCCGAAGCGGAAGCCGAUUAUUAUUGUGCUUGGGUCUGUGUAUUGCAGCUUCAAGCGUGAGAUCAAGCCCUUUGAGCUGUAUGAGAUGCACUCGAAAGUUAUCUCCUGGGAUAAGAAGUGGAUGUACAUUCUCACAUGCUUUAUGCGACCUGCUAGCAAAGCUGGUGGUGAGAAGACGCUGUUGGCUACUGCCUUGAGCAAGUACGUUGUUAAGAAGGGCCGGCUGACCGUUGCUCCCGAGAGACUUCUGCGGGCGAGCGGUUUUAUUCCUGCGCCGCCUGUGGAAAGUCAGGAUCAAACUGCACUGGACUCGUCCGCUGAAGCUUCUGUCAUCGGAACACCGGCUAGCGGUGAUGAAGGUAUCAUGGCCACGGGCGUGGAUGGAUCCAUGGUGCAAGAGGUGCUCAAGAUGGGCGAUGAUCAGAUACCCGGUCGCGAAGUGCUCGAGGAGCAGAAGAAGUCCAACUCAGACUCUUGGAGCUCUGAAGAAUGGAGUUGGGCACGUAUCGAGAAAGAGAGGCUCCGGGGAUUGGCUGUUGUGGAGGGAUAUAUCAACCUGGAUGACAAACUUCACCAAGAGUGGGCUCAAUAG